AUGUUAUAAAAAUUUUCGUAUUGCGCUUUUACAGUGCGCGAUUUGCGGGAAUACAAGAAUGAUUUAGUCAUUAGUUGCGUCCACUUUCUGCAAAUUUUGUGACACCCGGUAUAUUGGUAAGAUAGGAGUACGCACCGCUGGUUCGCGAACCUGCAGAUACUACAGUUUGCAAUCGUCUCCGCUCAAAGGUGGAAGCGGAAUCCAAGUGUGCAUUGUCGUAAGAAUUCGUAAGAAGCGCUUCUUACGUUUUAAGCAAUUAAAUUAAUACAUUCGAUAUAUUAUAAAAUAUAUAAAUUAUUCAGUUAAUGUCUCUCACGCGCAAGUUUCAGUAAAUAAAAUUUAAUUACAUACAAACGCAUGUGCAUGUACAGUGGUGCUUUUAUUUUUUAAAGUGAAAUGUGAAAUCAAAUAAUGAAAAUAUAAAUACUAACACAGAAAUAAUAUGAAGAUUUCAUUGUUCUCAUCAAUGAGAUUUCAAGAUUAUCAAAAUUUUAUGAAGUACUGAAAGUUUAAAGAACAGUUCUUCGCAAUUGACGAAGGUAUAUCUUCAAAGGUAUAUCAAUUAGUUAAUAACAUAUAAUUUAAACGUAAAUUCCAGAAAUCAAAAUGUAAAUGUAAAACAUGUGAUGAGCAUCGAUUACACUUCAUUUCCUAAAUUUAGAAUUAAUUUGCCCUAUAAUUAUUCGAUUAAUCGAGUAAAUAAUUGUAUUCCAGUUUGCUCGAGAAUUUACAACGUGUAAUUUGCAUCAUAUUUUACUUUAUACAUACAAAAUCAAGUUUUAUUUUGUUACGCCAACUAUAGAUAGUAUGACUGGUUUCUGCGUAAUUUCUGACACUUUUUACUCGACUUAAUUUGCUUCUUGUAAUAUAAAAAAAUCGUUGUUAACACAAUUCCUGUUCACGUUGCUUGUGCCUUCGACAUUAAAUGCGAGACUCGUCAGAUCAUGAUACUGUAAUCGUGCUAAUAACACGUAACGUGACGUUACAUUAUGAGUUACAUUCUACAUUCUUCGCAUACUUCCGCGUGACUCUCUUGAUGAAACGCGCGAAUUUGCGAUGCGGAGAAACAAAAUAACGGGCCACAGCAGAACUGGCUCGCCCGGCUAUCUUGUCACGGUGAACCUCAAGCACGUGUUCCGUAUUGAUUUCGGAUUUUUUGUAAUUCCAUCCGAGUCGAGCGUUGGAAACAAAGCGUUGAAGCGCUGUUCAGCGAUUUUCACAAAAAUGUUGAUUUCAACAAUUCAAGUGGUUUGUGUCCUGAAUAAAAUAAAUAUCACUUUCAUCUAUUUCAGCCAAUCGAUCGCGAGACGACGCGAGUGAAUACGAUAAAGUGCGAUUUUAUUUAAUUUCUGACAAAAAGAAACGUAACAAGAAAUUUUCAUAUGCGUAAUAUGCUGCGAACACCAAGGACCAUCAUUUUUAUGAUUUUGAUCUUCGUGAGUGCAUGUUCCUUCACGAUAUUGGAAGAAACAAGUAAUUCGACCGUAAUAUUAACACAUACGAAAAAUACAUCGGAUGAUGUAACGAGUACAGAAUCUGUUGUGACAUCCGUACCCUACGAGGGGGAAAAGCCGGAAAAUUCUUCCGAAACGAUUAUCGAACGUUUAUCGAACGAGACGUCUUCAAAGGAUAAAAAGAAAAAGGAGGAAAGUAUGGACUGUCACUUGGCGGAGGAAACGAAGGACAUGCUCAACUGUUUCUUCGUGACGGAUGAUGUCGCAGCAACUCAAGCAACAGAGAACGCGUCGCAGAAAAUGACCGACGAGAUGGAGCAGAAAGUGCCUACUAAGUUCAACGACACGUAUCCGCCAAAAAUUUUUCCCGAAGAUAAGGAUGUAAAGAGCAUCGACAAUGCGGAUGAAGCCACUCGAAGACGUCUGAAUCAUACGUUUUAUAUGAUUAUUACGCCGAAAAAGGUCACAGAUGCGUUUUCCAUGGGAGUAGAAAACAAGGACAAUGGAAAAAAUCCCGCUGCACUAUUGCCAGUGAGUAAGACAAGUAACGUUCAAGAUACGAGUCCUGGGAACAAUUCUGAAAUUGCAUCACAGAAAUCUGCAGACAAUGAAGGAAUGUCAGGUGGAAUGAUUGUGCUAACUGCGAUGCUCACAUUCUCAAUAGCGACAGCGAUAGUCUACGCCGGUGUGAUAGCGUAUAAGCGUUAUCUCGACUAUAGAUGCAAUCGACGACUGUUGCUUGAUAAUGAUUCAGAGUUUGAUGCGAAUGACUUGCAUCACUUUGAACUCUGAUGUACUCGAUGAAGAAGAAAAUUUAAACAAAGCAUCUAAAUAGUUCAUGAGCAUAAUUAUUUAAGUUAUUACAAAACAAUGUAAAGUUCCAUUGAUCUGUGAUAUAUUGCAGAAGUGCAUUAAAUGCUUUAUAGAGAAAAACUUGAAGCCAAAUAUACUUUUGGAUAGUAUAUUUUUAGUUAAUGCAAAAUAAGGUACAUACUUUUAACAAAUUAAUUUUAUUACUACAAAUGAGCUUAUUAAAUCAAAAUUUAUGAUUCUAUAUAUAUGUAUAUAUAUAUAUGUAUAUAUAUAUAGAUACAUAGAUAUAAUAAAUAUAUCUACUUUAAAUGUAUCAAAAAUCGUUGAUGUUAUCUAAAUGUUAGAUUCUUAUCACUUUCUAUAAGAAAUUAUAAGUAAAAUGUAAAUAAUAUAGAUUUAAUAAAUCAUUAAUAUAUUUUUAUA